ACACAAUCGAAAGAUGGUGGCGCUGCCAACAUGGAUUGUCGAAGCGCUGGCAGAGUACCGCGCGGUGCACGGCGACUGCGACGUGCCGCCGGACUUUGAGACACCGGCGUCGCAAGCUGAAGGUUCGCAGCCCCUCGGCAAGGUCGUGAAGAGUGUGCGCGAGUCGCGCUCGGUCCACGACGACGAUGACGUCAACGUUCUGGACAGCCUCGGCUUCAACUGGACGAUCAAAAAGAAAGAUAGCGAGGGGCGCUGUCUGGGGCGCUGUACGGCGCGCGACAACCAAGGACGCAAAGCCAACAAGUUUGUGCCCUGGGAGACGCUAGUCGAGGCGCUUGAAGUGUUCCACGGCAUGAUGCACAGCUUGGAAGGGAUGACGGACUUCCAUGUCGUCCCAAGAGCCUGCGAAAAAAACAUUUGGCCGAUGGCAGCGCGGGACGUCGUGCUUGCGUCCAUCAUCCCGUGGCUGCGAUCGCAGUUUUACGUGCUCGAUGACGACAUUUGCCUCCGCGUCCACGACUUGGAGCUGCACACGGACCUGCCGCGCUGGUCCGUCUUGAUGGCGCAUUUGAACGCGUACCGCCGUAUCCACGGCCACUGCCGCGUGCCCAUCGACUUCAUCGUUUCGCCUGGCACCGCGGGCUGGCCGGCCGAAGCGUUAGAGCUCCCACUCGGUGUGUUGGCGUUCAAGGUCGGCUUACAGCUGACGUCGCUCUCGGACAGCAAGCGCACCGAUCUCGCGUCCGUCCGGUUCGAGUUCAACACGAUCGACACGUGGCGCAACGUGCUUGAUGCGCUGCUCGUGCACCGGCAACUCCAUGGCACUGUGUCCGUGCGUCAAGGAUUUUUCGUGCCCUGCGACAAAGGGUACCCACCGUCGCUCUGGCACCGCCGCCUCAUUUUCUGGGUCAAACGACUCUUUGAGGCGCGUCGGCUUUGCCUGCUCACGGCUGACACGGUGUCCGCGCUCGAGUACAUCGAAACGGGGCCCGCCGCUGGCGCGUUCGACGCGUUGGCGACCAUGCCUGGCUCGCCGGACACAUCGGCGAGCACUGACGGGCUUUGGCACCUCGUCGAAUGGGCCCUCUGGGUGUACAACUACACGCACGACGACCUUGACAUCCCGGCCGACUAUGUCGUGCCCGAUGUGCCGACGACACCGACGCUGCUUCGGGGUUUUCGCUUGGGCGCCGCAUACGCGCAGCUGCACCAACAAAGCACCAUGAGCCCAAGCCGCAGACAACGCUUCGAAAUGAACUUUGGCAUCACGUUCACCGCCCCCGACACAGAUCUCUGAUGACGUUGGGACGUAGUGCCAGGGCUUGUCGUAACUUGAAUGCAUGUGUUGGUUUUUGCGUG